CCAGGAGCUUGCCCCUGCACUUGGAGCUAGUGUCCUGCGAGGGCCGUCAUAGAGCUAUCGAGCCAUGGCGUACUGCCAUCGAUGCGAGCGGUACUUCAAGAAUGAAGCCGCCCUCGAGCAGCACAAGGCCGAUUCUUCAAGUCAUUGGAUGUGUUACGACUGCGACCGCGACUUCGGAUCGUACGAUGCUCGCAGGCAGCACUACAAGAACAGCUCCCUCCAUCAUUACUGUGCGAUGUGCAACGAGGAUUUCGAGGACGACAACGGUCUGGAGGACCACUAUGACAACUAUCAUUUCUAUUGCAGGGAGUGCGAAGAAUUCUUCGAUUCCUUGGAAGAGGAAGACGAUCACAAGGAAAAAGAGCAUUGGUUCUGCAAGGAGUGCCGCAGGAUGUUCAACACGAAGAAUGGCCUCAUACAUCACAGGCGCACGCACCUGUCCAAGAAUUUACGCUGCCCAGGUAACAAAUGCGGUCGUACCUUCGCGCUCCCCGCCGAUCUUAUCCUUCACUUUGAGUCGGGUACGUGCCGCUCUGGCGUGACACGGCGCGCCGUCGACGAGGCGGUGAUCAGGUAUGACAGCGGCCGCGUAAUCACGGACCCGUCACGCCUGCUCCUAGGCCCCGACGGCGAAUACACAAAGCUGCCUGACCCGGUGCGAUGGGCGACGCGCCAGUCGUGGAACGGCAGCGCAUUCGAGUGUGUGCUCUGCCAUCGCACGUUCUGCCUCCUCCCGCGCUUGAACCAACAUCUCCAGAGUCCCGCGCACGCGGACACGAUUUACCGAUGCCCUGCCCUUUUCGAUGGGUGUGGGUCGCACUUUGGCACGCUUAGCGCGCUUGUGCAGCAUGUCGAGAUCGCGAAUUGUGGGGUGCGCAGGUUCAAGAACCAUGUCGGGGACGUUAUGGACGAUCUUAGUCGUAAUUUACGUGGUUUGGGGAUCUGAGGCCAUUUUCUGUGCUGGAUUAUGUAUUUUUACUGAGUGGGUCACUGUCUCUAAU